GGGGACUAUAUAACCAUUGCUGUAGUAUACAGAUUCUUGGCUGCAUUGACAGUGCUCCAGGCUACCUCUGCUCUGCUCUGCCAAUACAAAUCCUAUCUUCCAAAGAUGGAGAACGGCACAGAGGGUAGGAACUUCUAUAUCCCCCUGAACAACAGAACGGGGCUUGUGAGGAGUCCUUUCGAGUAUCCUCAGUAUUAUUUGGCAGAUCCAUGGUUUUUCAAACUUCUGGCUCUCUACAUGUUCUUCCUGAUGUGCACUGGUUUCCCCAUCAACGCUCUGACACUGCUGGUCACAGCUCAGAACAAAAAGCUCCGGCAACCCCUGAACUUCAUCCUGGUCAACUUGGCUGUGGCUGGAUUGAUCAUGGUCUGCUUUGGAUUCACAGUCACUUUUUAUACUUCCAUCAUGGGCUAUUUCUCCUUGGGAACACUGGGCUGUGCUAUUGAAGGAUUCAUGGCUACACUUGGAGGUCAAGUGUCUCUGUGGUCUCUUGUGGUUCUAGCUAUUGAACGAUACAUUGUGGUCUGCAAACCCAUGGGUAGUUUCAAAUUUACAGCCGCCCAUGCCGCAGCAGGUUGUGCAUUCACCUGGAUCAUGGCUCUCUCCUGUGCUGUCCCUCCUCUUGUUGGCUGGUCAAGGUACAUUCCUGAGGGUAUUCAGGUUUCCUGCGGACCUGACUACUACACUCAAGCCCCAGGCUACAACAACGAGUCAUUCGUCUUGUACAUGUUCAGCUGCCACUUCUGUGUUCCUGUCUUCACCAUUUUCUUCAGUUAUGGAAACUUAGUGUGCACAGUGAAGGCGGCCGCAGCAAUGCAGCAGGAGUCAGAGUCCACCCAGAAGGCUGAGAGGGAAGUGACACGCAUGUGCUUCUUGAUGGUGCUGGGCUUCCUCGUGGCCUGGACUCCAUAUGCCAGCUUUGCUGCAUGGAUCUUCUUCAACAAAGGAGCUGCUUUCUCAGCCACAGCCAUGGCUAUCCCUGCCUUCUUCUCAAAGAGCUCAGCGUUGUUCAAUCCUGUUAUAUAUGUGUUGCUAAACAAACAGUUCCGUAACUGCAUGCUCUCUACAGUUGGAAUGGGCGGUAUGGUUGAUGAUGAGACCUCAGUAUCAACCAGCAAGACAGAAGUCUCUUCUGUCUCUUAAACUUAAUAACUUCCCAACUCCAGACAUCCUCCUUCCUGAUUUCUUCCUGCUUCUGAAUGCCUGUCUUAAAAUGGAAAAGAAUGAAUGGAUACAAGCAAAGUACUUUUUUCCUGCAACAAAUGGACAUUGAUUUCAGUAUACAAGAUACAACAUUUUUUGUCUUUGCAGAUUCUUCAUUAGUUUGUGUCUUUGAUAACAACUGGACUCCAAAAAACACACCUCAUCUGAAAAAGAAUCAAGCAAAAAAAAAAAAAAAAGAACACCUGGAGGUGUGAGUGGUUAUGACAAGGAGAGGUUAGCAUAUCUGUUGGCCUCUGUCAUAAUAUUCUGUAUAUGUUUUAUAAACACAAAAGUGUUGAUAGAAGCUAUUAAA